AUGUCUAGGGCCGCCAAGUUGACGUUUGGAAUAAGUACAGCAUUUGCUGUGGGAACGGCCAUUGGGGUUUAUUACUUACAAGAGCAAGAAAGAGAAGCUUUGAAACAAGGACCCAUUAAAGACCAAAAGAGGCUGGACUCCCGAGCUGAAAUGACCAGUAAACAAAGAGCUAACUUGCGGGAAUUCGAAUUGCAAAAGAAAUUGAAAGAAGAAUUGGAGGCCACACAACCUUUAACGGGGGACGUCAUUCAGGGUUUGGAAAAGGGAAAAGAGUAA